GAGAAGGAUGACUAUGACGUUCUACUAGUUUGUUUCUUUGAAUUGAUCCAACCCGUCAUCUGCUAUUGCUAAUAUAAUAUUCAUGGUUGCAUUUUUCUUCAGCUUCAGUCCAAGAUAUGAAUGCUUUUCUCUAUUCUAAUUGUCGGAGGGCAUGAUCUUCUUUACCAUCCUACUACAAAGUUUAUCACGUGGCUCAACGUCCCUUCCCAAACUUUCAUGUCCUUGCGUACCUAACAACUUCCAUCACUUAAAUUAGUUAUUACCGCUACACAGACGUUUGUGGAGAGAGUCAUAACAGAAAGAGAUGGGAAAAAGCAUAGCUGAAGUGGGGUUAGACGAUUUAUGCAACGCUGGUGGGUUAGGGUUAAGCAUAGAGGGAGCCAGGGAGAUUUAUCAAGUCAUAACAGAAGCCAUAGGCUUUGCAGGAAGCAAAAGUUCCGACCCGGACCCAAGGGAGGUGUGGAGAGAGGUGGUGCGUAGGCGAGUGUUGAAGCCAUGGUACCCGCAUCAGCUGCAUCAGUUGCUCUACUACUCUGUCUAUGCCAACUGGGAUGCCUCCACCAAUGGCCCUCCUCUUUACUGGUUCCCUUCUCUAUCUCAGUCUAAAUAUACAAAUCUGGGACAUUUAAUGGAGGUUCAUGGUCCAAAGCUUUUAGGGACUUCAUACAAGGACCCUAUUGCAAGUUUUAGCCUCUUUCAGAAAUUCUCUGUCCGGCAUCCUGAGGUUUAUUGGUCUAUCGUUCUAAAAGAACUUUCAGUUGUAUUUCAUGAAUCCCCAAGGAGCAUUUUAGAUAAGAGUAACAAAUCAAAACCCAGUGGAACAUGGCUUCCCGGUGCAGUUUUGAAUAUAGCUGAAUGUUGUUUAUUGCCCUCUAGUCAUCCUAAAAAACAGGAUGACAGUUGUGCUAUUGUAUGGAGAGAAGAAGGCUGUGAUAAUUUGGAUGUGAAUCGCAUGAUGUUAAAAGAACUUCGAGAACAAGUAAUGUUGGUUGCAAACGCACUGGAUGCCUCCUUUCCAAAGGGUGAUGCGAUUGCCAUUGACAUGCCAAUGACAGUCAGUGCUGUUGUUAUAUAUCUGGCAAUUAUAUUAGCUGGAUUUGUUGUUGUAUCCAUUGCUGACAGUUUCGCAGCCACAGAAAUUGCAACACGUUUGCAUGUCACUAAUGCAAAGGCCAUCUUCACUCAGGAUUUUAUACUGAGGGGAGGUCGACAGUUUUCUCUAUACAGUCGAGUUGUAGAAGCUAAUCCGUGUAAAGCUAUCGUGCUCCCUGUGACUGGGAAUAAUGUAGGCAUUCAGUUAAGAGAGAAGGAUCUAUCAUGGAAUGAAUUCCUUUCCAGUGUCAACCAACAUCCAAGACCCAAUCAUUACACUCCAAUUUAUCAACCAACAGACUCUGUGAUCAAUAUUCUUUUUUCAUCUGGAACCACAGGAGAACCAAAAGCCAUUCCAUGGACACAACUUUCCCCAAUUCGAUGUUCUGCUGAUGGGUGGGCUCAUAAUGAUAUUAAAGUUGGAGAUGUUUACUGCUGGCCCACAAAUCUAGGAUGGGUGAUGGGGCCAGUUUUACUCUUCACAUGCUUUUUAAAUGGUGCAACACUAGCUCUGUAUCAUGGAUCUCCUCUGGGACAUGGUUUUGGAAAAUUUGUUCAGGAUGCUGGAGUCACUGUUUUGGGCACAGUUCCAAGCUUGGUAAAAUCUUGGAAAAAUACAAACUGUUUGGAAGGCUUAGACUGGACAAAGAUAAAAUGCUUUGCUACCACUGGAGAAGCCUCCAAUGUUGAUGACGACCUAUGGCUUUCUUCAAAAUCUUACUACAAACCUGUUCUUGAAUGUUGUGGAGGCACAGAGCUUUCAUCAGCAUAUAUCCAAGGGAGCCUGCUGCAGCCACAAGCUUUUGGAGCCUUUAGCACUGCUGCAAUGACAGCAGGCUUUGUCAUCCUAGAUGAACAUGGACAUUCUUAUCCGGAUGAUGAAGUUUGUGUUGGUGAAGUGGGUUUAUUCCCUCUCUACUUGGGAGCAACUGAUAGAUUGCUUAAUGCUGAUCAUGAGAAAGUCUAUUUCAAGGGAAUGCCAAUGCAUAAUGGAAUACACCUGAGGAGACAUGGGGAUAUCCUCAAACGAACUGUUGGUAGCUAUUUCACUGUGCAGGGCAGGGCUGAUGACACCAUGAAUCUUGGUGGCAUAAAGACAAGUUCUGUUGAAAUUGAGCGUGUGUGUGACCGAGCUGAUCAAAGCAUCUUGGAGACUGCUGCCGUCAGUGUAGCACCACCAGAUGGUGGUCCAGAACAGUUGAUAAUAUUUGUAGUGCUAAAGGAAGGAGCUAGUCAUCAGCCAGAGAAGUUGAAGAUGAUAUUCUCAAGAGCUAUUCAGAGCAACCUCAAUCCUUUGUUUAAGGUGAGCUUUGUCAAGAUAGUUCCAGAGUUUCCCCGAACUGCUUCGAACAAAUUACUAAGAAGAGUUUUGAGGGAUCAAGUUAAGCAGGAGCUGCCCACUAGAAGUAGAAUUUAGUGGCUAGCAACUUAGGUUGUUAUGACUGAACCAGGCCAAAAAUGUAUAUAUUCAUGUAAGUUAUCCUUUAUAAAAUGAAUUUAUGGGAUAAGUAAUCUUGUAAGCAUUGGUACUUUCAAUUUGUUCUGGAAAUAAUGCACUCUGAUGA